GUCCACAUACGGAAAAGAAAAAGAAAAAGAAUUGAACAAAAAAUGCUUUAAAGAUGUUCGGUGUGGUAUCAGAUUGUUCAACAACGAUUGUGUAGCAAUGCAGGUGAUGACAGAUUAAAGUUAAACCCAUCUCAAUCUCUCAAUUUCGUAGCUACACCUUUUCUGUCAUCCAUUAAAAUAUCCCACAAAAUUUCUUUCUUCAAAUAUUCAGACUUUCUGCUUCACUACUUCUUGCUCAUCUAUUUUCACUGGCGGGUUGAUGUUUCCUUCCUUAGUUUUGUGGAUAAGUGGGUUUGACGAAUAAUUGUUGGAAUCUUUCAAAUUUUAUCUCAAGGGGAUCAAGAAGUGGAUCGACACCGUUUUUUGUGGACAAACGUAUAAAAUCUGAUCAUACAAGUCAUUAUCUUAAUUGAUUUCUGCUGCUUCUGCUGCUGGUUCCCACUACGCGUUCUUGGUGUUUGUGUGUGUAAGAGAGAUGGGACUAUGUGGAUCGAAGGCAAAAGGGUGCGUGGGCGUACGUCAUAAAGAACAUGGAGAUGUUCCAGAUGGUGAAUUACCACCAAAAAUUAACGCAAGAACACAUGGGAGAAAGCGAAGAAGACGAAUUGGUAGGAAGUCGAAGACUGAUGCUGCAAAUAAGUAUUCAUCUCGGAACAAAAUCGAUCCUUCUGCUGGUGCAUCGAAUUCCAUGGAUCGUCGCUCAUUCCGCAACCCAACAUUUCAAGAAUGUUGGUAUGAUACUGCAAAUGGGAUCGAUUCUGAUGGAGAUGAAGAUUUCUACAGCACUCAAGAUGAUAUCAUGUCUCAAAAUGGUUCCAUUAGUGCAUCAGUAACUCCAAAAUUUUCAGAUCAAGUACACCAAGGAUCUUCAACCUUCUCUACAUCUGAUUCACUAACAAAGCCAAAUGAAGCAUCACAAUCUUCCAUAGAUGGAGCAUCUACUUUAUUAGCAAAUGGGUCCCACAAUUUUGUAAUUUUACAAAAUAAUUGCCUCCCAUGUCUAAAUUGCACAACCUCAACAGAUGUAAAGAGUAGUAAAUCACCAUGUUCAAGUCCUCCUCCAAGUGCAAAAAAGAAAGUUACAUCUAUGCUUUCUUUUAAAUGGAGGGAAGGCCAAUCAAAUCUUUCCAUAUUCUCCCCAAAAGCCGUGAUUCAAAGACCAAAAGCCGGCUCACAAGUUCCAUGUUGUCCAAUUGACAAGAAAAUGUCCGAUUGCUGGUCCCCACUUGAACCAUCUACUUUUAAAGUCCGCGGACAUAAUUAUUUAAGAGAUAAAAAGAAAGAAAAUGCUUCAAAUCAUGCGGCUUUUUAUCCGAUUGGAAUGGAUGUGUUUUUAUCUCCACGUAAAAUUGACCAUAUCGCCCGUCUUGUUGAGCUUCCGAAUUUCGAAUCUUCCGGAAAAGUCCCUCCUUUACUUGUUGUAAAUCUUCAGAUACCCCUCUAUCCUCCCGCUUUAUUCCAACAUGAAUACGAUGGAGAAGGAAUGAGCUUCGUCUUUUACUUCAAGCUCUCGGAAAACUACGAAGAACUCCCUCCUCAUUUUCAAGAAAACAUAAGGAAAAUGAUCGAUGAUGAGGUGGAAAGGGUUAGAGGUUUUCCGGUAGAUACAAUUGCACCAUGUAGAGAAAGAUUAAAGAUUUUGGGAAGAGUGACAAAUUUGGAAAAUCUUCAAUUAAGUGGGGGUGAAAGGAAAUUAAUGAAUGCUUACAAUGAAAAACCUGUUCUUUCACGUCCUCAACAUGAAUUUUAUCUGGGGGAGAACUACUUUGAGAUUGAUUUGGACAUGCAUAGAUUUAGUUACAUAUCUAGAAAAGGUUUUGGAGCAUUUCAAGAGAGGUUAAAGCAUUGUACACUUGAUUUUGGGCUCACCAUCCAGGGUAACAAGGCCGAAGAGCUGCCAGAAUGCAUGUUAUGUUGCAUUCAUUUGAAAGAAAUUGAUUACAAUAAUUACAAUCUUCUUGGACUAUAAAUCAGGGUUAUUUUUUUUUUGGGUAUUUCAAGAAUAGAUAUUGAAAUAAAAGUGAUAUAGAAAAUGAUGUACAGCUUCUAAACUAGAUUUUGGAAUAUGUAAUUGAUUAGAAUAAUAAUGUUGGAGUAUAAGUUGUGUUAUGUUGAA